AUGAACUUAUAAUCAAGAUUAGAUAAAAGAAAACCUGUAUUUCAUAAAAAGAGCAAGAAAAAAUCACUGUUCGGGAUAAAGCUAAAGUCUCAGUUCGGUUUGACUUAGCUGUUUGCCAUUCCAAUUAUGAAUUUCGGUGCAGGAAUUCUUUUAUUCUUCUUUAAUGUUCAAAUGAUUUUCCUUCUCAAGAGCCCUGAUUUUUUUAAUGUGUCUAACUCUGAAAUAGGUAGUAUAAGCAGCGAUAUUAUAUUCUACUCAGUACUCUGCUAAAUGGCAGUCGUCAUCAUAGUUGGAUACAUUUACGACAUAUGUGGCAGACGGAUUACCCUUUGCAUUACUAUUUUUUUACAAGGAUUGUCACUUCUCCUUACUCCAGUGGUGUCACCAAACAUUUUUCCUGGAUUGUAUCUAUUGCGCAUAAUGUUUGCAAUGGCUUCUAUGGGUCCUAUUUGCAGUCCUUUGAUUAAUGAUUACAUUGAAAAGGGGUCCAGGGGCAGAGCUAAUGCUCUCUUGAUAUUUGGAUUGUAAAUUGGAGAGUUUUUCAAUAAUGUGAUCCUUUUAAACAUAAUUAAAGAUUACAGCUUAGGAGCGCAAUUCUAAAUAGCAGCUCUUAUUGUAUUCAUCAUUCCUAUAUCAGGCUUAUUCAUUAUCAAAGAACCUAGAAUGAAUAAAAAAAAGAGAAUUUCAACACAGUCACUUCUUCAAUUAAAAAAGAAAGUGGACGGCAUAUAAAAGGCUAAGGGCGGCUUUCUCAAAAAGUUUUACAAAAUAUCCUCGACAGUCCUCAAGUCAUGCAGGACCAAUAUAGCAAUAAUCAUAUGCCUUUAUGGGAACUUCUUAAUCAAAAUGACUUAAAUGAUGUUUGGCCCAUUUCUAGCUCUGUGGACUGCUAGUUUCAUUUAUUCUGGAAUGUUAAAAGAUUAACAGGAGGCAUAAUUAUUAGUAUAAAGCUUUAACACAUUCGGAACAUUCAUUAACAUGAUCCUCAUUUUUCCAGCAGGAAAAGUAGCUGAUAUGUUCCAGUAUAAGUACAUAAUGCCAAUCGUCACUCUGUUAAAGAUAGCGUGCAUAGUGUUCUUUUGUCUAAUCGAGAGACCAAGUUCAAUCGCAUCAUACUGCCUCAUCACUCUAAUGUAAGCUCUGUACUGCUUUUAAAAUGCAUUCACUGAUGCUCUGCUAUCUAGAAAUAUACCUAAAAAUAUAAGAGGCUCAAUGAUGGGUGUAUAUCAAUUCAUAGGUAGCAUUGGAACUAUGAUAUUUUCAAAGGUUGGUGGAUACGUACAUGACUCUUUGGGCGCCUAGUAUCCCUUUAUGAUAGUGGGUUCAUUAGAUAUACUGCUAGUUAUACUACUGCUGGGAUUCACCAUAUCAGGUAAAUUUGAUCAUUGA